AUGAAACCCAUCAUCGCAUUCGCCCAGCACGGCGGUUACUUUAUCAGUGGGCCAGGAUAUCGGCGCAUACAUAACCUGCCGGAUUGGUUCAAAGAAACCAUGAGCAAAGCCCUUGAAGUCUACUGUGUGGCAUUUGGUCCUGGAGAUGCCGCGGUGGUUACGUACCUUGAUGCCCAGACUGGGUGUGUACAGUUGAGGAUCAAAAACAUUGCCUCAAUGCGCGGCCUUGCCGAGUACCUUCUUGACCGCAAUCCUCACACAGAAUAUAAGCGACAUCUGCGCCAUCUCCAAGUUUCGUUUAGCGGACGGGGUGGUUCAUACUGGGCUAGUGAUGGACAAACUAGCAUAUACCGUGAGCUUCCAGAGCAGCUGGAGCUAGACUUGCGCAUGCUGCAAACAGAGAGAGGAGCUUGGCGCGACAGCACCCGAUGCGUUGUACUAGGUGCAGGGGGGAACUACGUACUCCUUACCGGACGUGGUGCCUCUUCGUGCCAACUUGGAAGUUAUCCUGGUGUAUUCCAUACUAUGAACGCAGUUGAUUCAGCUCCAACGGGUAUUGGGAGUAUCUGGGGCAUUCAUCUUGACUCUUUCCGAGGGUCUUCCGUGGUUCAAUGUUCGGACGGCAGCCUUCACGGAUUCGAUCUCAGUCCAGAGGCAAGGAGAGACAUUGCGCAGAUAAACCGCCAAGUCCACGCCGCCCAAGCUGCCUAUUGCAUGGCCCAGGAGCAGCUCAGGCAGGAUCUCUUCCAAGCACAGGUCAUGCAACAGGCCAUGUUUGUCCAGGAGGAGGCUGCCUUGAAGCACAUGUUUCGCAAGCAGCUCGAAAACCAGCAGUGGUGUGCAGAGAUGAGCGCGCGCGCUGGUGGAGUGAAAUGGGUAGAGGGAGAUGGAUAUGGGAGACCGAAGUAG